CCAACGCGUUGGUGUGUAGAAGUAGAACUGUGGAAGCCCUGUUCAAGUAAUGUCGAGUCAUUGAGUGUUAAAAGGCCCCUUCCUUUUCUUCUUCUUCUUCUCCAAUUUUAUUUAUCUAUUUUUUGGAUUAACAAUUAACCUUGCUUUUACUUUCCAAUUUCUCAUCAUUACAUCAAAAUCCCUUUUCUGCAAAAAGUAUACGCUUCUUAUUAAUAAGAUCAAUUUCUGUAACAAAAUUUGGAGACCAACCCAAAAUCUCUUAUUUUGUUAUCUUUCUGGGAUUUCCCACCUUCUUUUUGUUGAUCUGUAUCAAUCACCUUGCUCUUUAUCUUUAACAUUUUCUCUCUCAUCUAAUGCUUUGAAACUUUGCAAAAUUCUAUCAUUUGAAUAUUCUUUGAAAAUGGAAGAUAACAACAAUAUUACAGGAAGUAAAUUCAAAAGGGUUUGUGUAUUUUGUGGGAGUAAUCCUGGUAAUAGACAAGUAUUCAGUGAUGCUGCCAUUGAAUUAGGCAAUGAACUGGUGAAAAGGAAGAUGGAUUUGGUUUAUGGUGGUGGAAGUGUUGGAUUAAUGGGCUUAAUCUCCCGGAAUGUGUUUAAUGGAGGCUGCCAUGUUUUGGGUGUCAUCCCUGAAGCUCUCAUGCCUAUUGAGAUAUCUGGAGAAACUGUUGGGGAAGUAAGAGUUGUGGCAGACAUGCAUGAAAGGAAAGCCGAAAUGGCUCGAGAGGCUGAGGCUUUUAUUGCUCUUCCUGGCGGGUAUGGUACAAUGGAGGAGAUGUUGGAGAUGAUAACCUGGGCUCAGCUUGGAAUUCACAAAAAACCAGUGGGCCUUCUGAAUGUUGAUGGCUAUUAUGACUGUUUGCUUCAACUUUUUGACAAUGGUGUGAAGGAAGGAUUUAUCAAACAAGGAGCUCGUGAUAUUGUCGUUUCUGCCCGCAGCGCAGAAGAGCUUUUGACGAAAAUGGAGGAAUUCACGCCUUCCCAUCAACAUGUCGCGCCUCAUGAAAGCUGGAAGAUGCGGCAACUGGGUGAAUAUCCAAGCCAACAAAACGUGCAGUGAUUCUUCUCCGGCUAUUGUAGGUACACAUAUAAUAUCUAGAUUGAUUCAGAUAAGAUGGAACCAUCGUUCAAGUUUGUUUAGGCUUAAAAAAAAGGGCCUCAAAAUUAGGCCCUGUUUGCCUGUUUGGUUUUCCUAAUCAUGAUUAGGUUUUUCUGGUUAUGGUUAAAUGCCUUUUGUUGCUUGCUUGUAGCACGUUUGACCUUGGUAUGAUGUUGGUCAAUGCAAAACUUUAAUUAUCUAAUAUUCAAUGGUAAUGUUUGUUGCUACUUGCAACUUAGUA